AUGGAUUGGUUCCACUGUAACCAGUGCUUCUCAAGAUCAGGAUCAAAGUUUGCAGUGUCCAGCUGUGGACACAUCUGCUGCGAGGCCUGCAUUAAAGCUGUCCCAUCUCUUGUGAUUGUGCAUGUUCCCUUAGAGCGAUGUGUCAUAUGCGGAAACAGCUGUAAUUAUCGGCCCAUCACAGAUCAGAUGAAACCACAGGAAAAGGUGUUUUUCAUGGAUCCUGUGAAGCUCAUCCAGUCACGGCUCGAACACAUUUCACAGAUUGCCGAUUUUCAACGGACACAAAUGGAGAGAGCAACAGCGUACUUCAAGCACCAGUCAGUUGAACUGGAAAAACGUCUGAAAGAAGUCACUCAACAGAGUUACAGGCAAAUAGCUGAAUUGAAGAGAGAGAAUGCUGAUCUUAAAAGUCAAAAUAUGGAGCUAAAAAGAGAGAUGGCAGAGCUAAAAAAGCCUCUUUCGCAGAGGAGGGGUUCUCCAGGACAAUUUCAGACAAAUGGUGUUCAAAGGAUCUCUCUCCCUGUGGCUGUCACUUCUCCAGUUACCCCUCAUUUAAGAACUAUGAGUCACCUAGAUUCGGCAGAUUCCCCAAUGUGGACCAGAAACAGAGGUCUUGCAUCCCGUACAACUCCUGGAUCGACCACUUCUUUUUCUAGCCACAGCCCUCUACUCGGACAUGGACACAGGACUCCAACCUCCAUCAGCCCAUCUAUGAGAACCCCAAACAUUUACCAGUUUCAGCUGAUGACUGGCUUAUCAAUACACUCGCCGAGGCGUUAAUCAAACCCGCUCUAUUUGUAAAGACAUCAAAAUGUUUUUAUGGAAAAAAAAAUAAGCUGUAAUUAUUUUUGUACGCAUUUCAGUUGUUGCACUGUGUUGUUUUCCGUUAAGUAAUUUAACAGUCAUAAGAUCUCACUGAUCUGGUUUCUUCAUGGUGGUGCUUGUUUUUCCUGGGUUAGACACAAUAUAGCCACACAACAAAGUGUGAGGGGCAUUACCAUUAAUUUCACAAUGGCUUACAGAAUUCACUAUCAAAAUCAUAUGAAUUUAGAUGAAGCAGUGUUCUUACACAUACUAAACACAUCUUUGAAUUUGUUCCUGUGACAAUUUUGCAAAUGAGUUUUUUUGGGGAAAAAAA